AGACACUGAAUCAUUUCAAGGUUGUCCGGUAGAUGGCGAAGCACCCGUAGGUGACUUCAGGUUGGGAAAUGAGCGCCCUCCUUCCUGCUCAGUAGGAGGAAAAGAUGCUGAUGCUGACAGCGAAAGCAUGGCAACCACCAGCAGCGACCGCAGCGCGCUUACAUGAUGUUUUUAGAAGCGUUUGCCAAUGCAGCAGAAAGCAGCAUCUGAGAAACCAAGAACAAACGGUACUCUAUGAUUUCAGACCCGGCGUUUGACGUAGGAGCAGUUUAAAACGGGUACACGGGAUUGCGAGUUUAGAAGCAAAGAGGACACGAGGGGCACGUAAAAAUUAAGUUUAUAAUCGCCACUGCAGAGCUAAAAAUAUCAGUUAACGGUCGUCCUCCUUCCGCCAAGCAAAGUAGUUCGUCAACAGUAGCAAACAAAGUUGUUGCUAAGCGACAGUGAAGUCGCCGGGGCUCGCGCAUUAAUAUUUAAAUUAACUGUCAGGUGUGCGAUAAAUCAAACGGUUUCGAAGGCGUGUCAGCCAAUCAGAGUUGAAGGCCGGGACUAGUUUUUCCUCAUAAACCUAAAUAACGCACCACGCGAGUCGUUAGAUGGCCAAAUAGGGUACAAGUGACUGACAAGCUAGCUUAGCUUGUUCAGGACCAGUCUUCGGUUCUACUGAGGAUCUACAGCGGAUUGUUUUGAUUUACCUGGACGUGUUGAGCUAACUCCACUGGACUUCUGUGACCCCUUAACUGCUGGAGUGGGCUUCCCUCCCCCUUCUUUGUAAUUGCAAUUUCCCAAUGAUGACGGAGCUUUCGCAAGGACGCUUUGAUGGGAAACAUCCUCUGUCACACAAACAACGCUGUAUGGAGAGUGUGCGGAGGUUAUCUAAACCAAACCAGUGUUUAUAAUGAUGGGACCCCGGUCAGACACGGGAACAUAAUCAGAGGCAGCCAUGAGCCCUCCACGCCGAUCAUCGAGUUCCCAUGGUGACAGGACCUCCACCGAGAAUCUGCAGAAGAACAACAGCAGCAACUCUGGUGUUAUUCUGGACAUCUCAACUCUCAAGAUGGCAGAAGUCGAUUCAGAGGUGCCCCCUCUUCCGCCUCGCUACCGCUUCAGGGACUUACUACUGGGGGACCAGACAUUUCAGAAUGAUGACAGGUAUCAGGAGGAGUACAGUAUGGAUUCAACCAAUGCCCAGGUGCAGGUGGAGUUCUAUGUGAACGAAAACACCUUCAAGGAGAGGCUGAAGCUUUUCUUCAUCAAAAACCAAAGGUCAAGCCUGAGAAUCCGCCUGUUCAACUUCUCACUGAAGAUUCUCACCUGCGCCCUCUACAUACUGAGAGUCAGCCUGGAUAACCCCAAGGAUACCCCAUGUCCAAUGUGUCAGAACAACAGUUUGACUAACACAACAGAAACGCCGGGAGAAAUCAAAUGGGGGUAUAUUUUCUGGGUGAACAGACGGGUUCCUGUAUGGGCGAUACAGGUGACAGUGGCCUUAAUCAGUUUCUUGGAGACCAUGCUUAUCACAUAUCUCAGCUACAAGGGCAACAUCUGGGAGCAGAUUUUCCAGAUAUCCUUCAUAUUGGAGAUGAUCAAUACAGUGCCAUUUAUAAUCACGAUCUUCUGGCCUCCUUUGAGAAACAUAUUUGUCCCUGUAUUUCUUAACUGCUGGCUUGCCAAAGGUGCCCUGGAGAACAUGAUCAAUGAUUUCCAUCGUGCCAUCCAGAGGACCCAUUCUGCCAUGUUCAACCAGGUGUUUAUCCUCAUCUGCACCUUACUGUGUCUGGUUUUCACUGGAGCUUGUGGGAUCCAGCACUUAGAGAGAGCCGGGAAGGAACUGUCCUUGUUUGACUCAUUCUAUUUCUGCAUCGUCACCUUCUCCACCGUGGGCUAUGGCGAUGUCACACCACAGAUCUGGCCCUCCCAGCUGCUGGUGGUCAUUCUCAUCUGUGUUGCCCUUGUGGUGCUCCCACUACAGUUUGAAGAACUAGCGUACCUGUGGAUGGAGAGCCAGAAGUUAGGAGGGAACUACAGCCGCCACCGUGCGCAGACAGAGAAGCAUGUGGUGUUAUGUGUCAGCUCACUGAAGAUAGAUCUACUGAUGGAUUUCCUCAACGAGUUCUACGCUCAUCCCAGAUUACAGGACUACUAUGUGGUGAUUCUGUGUCCGACUGAGAUAGACAUUCAAGUCCGCCGUAUCCUCCAGAUCCCGCUGUGGUCCCAGAGGGUCAUCUACCUUCAAGGAUCUGCCCUCAAAGACCAGGACCUGAUGAGGGCCAAAAUGGACGACGCCGAGGCCUGCUUCAUCCUCAGCAGCAGGAACGAAGUCGACCGAACCGCUGCCGAUCACCAGACUAUUUUGAGGGCUUGGGCCGCGAAGGACUUUGCUCCAAACUGCCCUCUCUACGUCCAAAUUCUCAAACCAGAAAAUAAGUUCCAUGUUAAAUUUGCUGAUCAUGUUGUAUGCGAAGAGGAGUUCAAGUAUGCCAUGUUGGCGCUGAACUGUGUGUGUCCGGCCACGUCCACUUUAGUCACACUCCUGGUUCACACCUCCAGAGGACAGGAAGGACAGUUGUCACCAGAGCAAUGGCAGAGGACGUAUGGACGCUGCUCUGGAAACGAGGUCUAUCACAUCCGUUUGUGCGACAGCAAGUUUUUCGGGGAGUAUGAUGGAAAAAGCUUCACCUACGCCUCCUUCCACGCCCAUAAAAAGUACGGUGUGUGUCUGAUCGGGGUGAAGAGGGAGGACAACAAGAGCAUCAUGCUGAACCCCGGCCCCCGCCACAUCAUGGCUGCCACAGACACCUGCUAUUACAUCAACAUCACCAAGGAGGAGAACUCCGCCUUCAUCUUCAAACAAGAGGAGAAGCACAACAAGGGCCUGCCCGUCACCGGCCUCUACGACGCCCCCUCCAGACUGCCCGUGCACAGCAUCAUCGCCAGCAUGGUUGAUCAGGCUACUUCAUAUGGUACUGUAGCCAUAGAUCUCCAGAACCCUGACCCCCCCGAGGAAAGCAGCAAGCUGACCUUGCCGACGGAGAACGGUGCCGGAAGCCGCAGACCGAGCAUUGCACCCGUCCUAGAGAUCGCUGACUCCUCUGCCAUAUUGCCCUGUGACCUCCUCAGCGACCAAUCAGAGGAUGAGACCAACCAAUCAGACGAGGAGGGCUCUGUAGGGUCAGAUUUUGUGAAGGGCUACCCGCCCAACUCACCCUACAUCGGCAGCUCUCCAACUCUGUGCCACCUCCUACCACAGAAAGCUCCGUUCUGCUGCCUUCGUCUUGACAAGGGCUGUACACAUAACAGCUUUGAAGAUGCCAAGGCGUACGGCUUCAAGAAUAAGCUGAUUAUAGUGUCUGCAGAGAUGGCAGGGAACGGUCUCUACAACUUCAUUGUCCCUCUGCGAGCCUACUAUCGACCCAGGAAGGAGCUCAACCCCAUAGUGCUGCUACUGGACUACCCGCCAGACAACCACUUCUUAGAGGCCAUUUGCUGCUUCCCAAUGGUUUACUUCAUGGCUGGCACUAUUGAUAACUUGGACAACCUGCUGCAGUGUGGUAUAAUCUAUGCCGACAACUUGGUGGUUGUGGACAAGGAGAGCACCAUGAGCGCCGAGGAGGACUACAUGGCAGACGCCAAGACCAUCGUCAACGUCCAGACUAUGUUCAGGCUGUUCCCGAGUCUCAGCAUUAUCACUGAGCUCACACACCCUUCCAACAUGAGGUUUAUGCAGUUCAGAGCCAAGGACUGCUACUCACUCGCUCUCUCCAAACUGGAGAAGGUGAGCUGUUCAGGACCGGGGACCCAGACAGUUACAAUAGAGCGUGAUAAGGGCUCCAAUCUGGCUUUCAUGUUCCGGCUGCCGUUUGCUGCAGGCAGGGUGUUCAGUAUCAGCAUGCUGGAUACACUGCUGUACCAGUCGUUUGUUAAGGACUACAUGAUCGCAAUUGCAAGGCUUCUUCUGGGUCUGGACACCACGCCCGGCUCUGGGUAUCUGUGUGCUAUGAAGAUCACAGAGGAAGACCUGUGGAUCAGGACUUACGGCAGACUCUUCCAGAAACUUUGUUCCUCCAGUGCUGAGAUCCCCAUUGGGAUCUACCGCACCGAGUCACACAUGUUCUCAACUUCAGAGUGCAAGGACAGUUACUUACAGUCUCAGGUGUCCAUCAACGUGGAGCAGGGUGAGGAGCAGCGUGACCGUAGAGAGUCCUGGAAGGAAAAGACAGCCCACAGAAACUCCACCACGAGCGACCAAUCAGAGCACCCGCUGCUGAGGAAGAAGAGCUUGCAGUGGGCACGGCGUCUGAGCAGGAAGAGCGCCAAGCCGUCUAGCCGAGCGGAGCGCAUCUCGCAGCAGAGACUCAACCUGUACCGGCGCUCUGAGCGACAGGAGCUGUCCGAGCUGGUCAAGAAUCGCAUGAAGCACCUGGGCCUGCCCACCGUGGGAUACGACGAGAUGAACGACCACCAGAACACGCUGUCCUACGUCCUCAUCAAUCCUCCUCCUGACACCAUGCUGGAGCUCAAUGACAUUGUGUACAUUAUCCGGUCCGACCCGCUGGCACACAUGCCCGAGGACUCACAGGUGGGGCAGACCCGCAGCAUGAGGAACCAGCAGGACUUUGGCACAGAGACAAGAGACGAGACUCACCUCUGAAAACACCCCCCUCCCCUCCCCUCCCAGUCCUCGUCACCCUGACCCUUAAACCUCCGAGCCCCGCCCAGGCGGACGAAGCUCGUCUGUCUCACAGAUGAAAGGAAGAACAGCUGUCCAUAGUGAAUGUGCAUUAUGUGUCUGCAUUUUAGAGGACGGCCCUGAGAGACCUGCUGUUCCCCACUGAGCUGCUACAGGUGGAUGCAUGAAGAGUGCCUCGUUAUCACCCCCCCCCCCCCCCGACUCUCCCCUCGCACACCUACUGUAUCUUAAAAGUGACAAACAGGCACUGGAAACAACUCCCUCCCUUCCAACCAAAGGACUGAGAGAUGUGAUAGAUGUUUGCGAAGACAGUCAGAAGAAGGUGUUUUUGUGCACAUACGGGAUAUGAAGUCAUCGUUUCACUCGACAUAUUUCGCUCAGGGGUGAAGUUGCCCUCGUGCCACGACUCAGGCCGAGCUCUCCUCCGCCUGCAAAACUCACAAAACUGACACCUGGUCAGAAUCUCGGGGCAACUACACCCUUUUUUUUUUUUUAAUUUCUUUUUAAGAUUCCUUUAUGAUCAUUUCGCAGCACUCGCAUACAUUAAAACGAAAUUCAUCCUCUGCAUUUGAUCCAUCCUCUACACUAGGAGCACUAUGGCAGCCGCAGCGGGCGCCUGGGGACCAGCUCCAGCUCUUUACGCCAGCGCCGGCGGUCAGGGGGCAUUGACAGGAGCAUUAACCCCAACACACACACACAAACACACACACACACACGUCUUUUGAUUUCACAUCUUAUCAACAAUCAUGUUUUCUAAAGAUGCACGUAGAUGCGUGAAAUUCUCGCAAUUCAAGCAUUUACCAUGAAAUUACAGUAACGUGCACUUUUCUUAAUUUAUUACAAAAGUCUGUUUGGUUUGGUGUCUUGUUUCUAAUCAGACAGGAUUUUCACUUUCUUUAGGAGCACAAACUUUUUUACGACAAACUGUCAUCUGUGAAUAUACACACUGUAGUGGCACUUUUAUCGGCCAUAUUAGCAUUUCUUUCUCUGUCGUUGUGUUUUGGAAACUGAUUUCUGUAUUGUUGAAAAUUGAAUAUUGUUAAUUUAUUUCACUAUUUUAAGUGUCCCAUGCCAUGUCUGCUCUACUGUAUGUGCCAUUAUUUUUGUUUUAUUUGUAAAUAUCUUGAUUUAUACAUUAUGUGCCAUUUAGCAUCUAUUUUGUGAUAUCAGUGAUUUUUUUUUUUUCUUUUCUUUUAAGUCUGACAGACGUUGGCUGAGCCGAUAUUACCUGCUGAUUUUUGCUUAUCAUGAAAAUACAUCUGCCAAUAAGAAAUUAGUGCCAAAAGUGCAUCAGAUAAAUUAAUACAUACAAACUUAAUUUAAUGUUCAUAAUACAGGCUCGCCCACAACACAAACUACCAAGUUAAUUUCCAUUGAAUUUUGCUGUGUAACAUUUAGUUACAUUUGCUGUUAGUGUAAUAUUAUUAACAAGUUUCACAACUCUUUAAUAACUAAACGUAAAAGAAAUUGUUUCACAUUUUGAGAAAAAUGCUUAUUCACUUUCUUGCCAACAGUUAGAUGAGAGGUUUGAUACCACUUACACUCCUGUACAGUGAAUAUAAGUUUUUGCCAAAGAGUAAAAAAAAAAAAAAGCAUUGUGGUUUUUUUUACAGGGAGUUAUGUGUCUCAUCAUCACCAUGAGAUUGUUGAAGCACAAACUACCUGUAAAACCACAACGUGUCGUUUGUACACUUCAGUUUUUAUAUGGAUUCAACAAAAUAGCUGCUGUAUAACGUGUUAAUUAGUGAACUUCAGAGGUGUCGGUAGGUGGAUUUUUGUUAGCCUCAGACAGAGCCGGGCUAGUCGUUUCUCCCGGUUCUCAGUCUCAAUGCUAAGCUAAGCUAAGCUAAGCUAACAAGCUACUGGCUAUAGCUCCACAUUUAGCGCACAGACAUGAGUGGUACUGAUUUUCUCGUCUGACUCUUGGCAAAAAAGCAAAAAAAGUUUAUAUUCUAAAAUGUCAAGUUAUUCCUUUUAAGAUAUCUUUAUCAGAAAGUAUUAUAUAUUUGUUAAAAAGAAUAUUGAAUUACUUAAACUCUCAUAUCUAUCAGUAUCAGCCUUUUUAUAUUAUUUUACACUCGACUUGAAUUCAUUCAAGUCAAUUUAUUGUGAUCCUCCAGUUUCAUAACUCCUCAGGAGUUGCAGUACGACUGGUAGCAAGAAUCGUUUUGCACAGACAGCGACGGGUACGUUCAAAUCUUAUCAAGUCUAUUUUGAACGUACUUGAGCUGAAAAGGAAGUGCUCUCUCCUCUCCGAGUUGUACAGGCCACACCUUGUGUAUACGGCAGUGUCAGUAUUUAAUGUUGAAUUAUCAUUUCUCAGCUUUUAGUUUAAUCACUGUAAAUAGUAACUUUAUAUAUUCAUUGUUUGCCAUUUUUGUUCUUUUUGUUUCCGUCUCUUCUGUGUGAUAAAAAAAAAAAACAACAGUGAAAGAGGACUUGAACUAUUUUUGCACUAAGCUCUGCGGAGAUGUCUAGAGCAUAACAGCAUGACCCUUUAAUCUGAAUCUGUACAACACGGUGGGCAGUAUUCACUCAUUCCUGUGAAAGCAAAGACAGUCAAAUGUGCAGUAUCAUGUCAUGCGUUUGUUGUUUUUGAUUUACCUCGCAGGUAAAAGUUCGCAAAGCUUACUUUGUGCCAUUUUUAUCUGUCAAAGGAAUAUGAAGCGAUAGUCACGAUGAUGUAAUAUCAGAUGGAUUGUUUUCUGCCAGUGUUGGAUUUUUGUU